UAAUAAAUCACACAGGCAAACAAUUAACUUAUUAAUAGUUUGUUAUUUCAUACAUUAAUUAGAAAUUUAUAAUUCAUUAUCAUCAUGGGUGUCUUCAACUUUGAGGAUGAAACCACAUCUAUUGUAGCUCCUGCUAGACUUUACAAAGCUCUAGUUACAGAUUCUGAUAACCUUAUCCCAAAGGUUAUUGAUGCCAUCCAAAGUAUUGAAAUUGUUGAAGGAAACGGUGGCGCCGGAACCAUCAAAAAACUUACUUUCGUUGAAGGUGGUGAAACAAAGUAUGAUUUGCACAAAGUGGACUUAGUAGAUGAUGUUAACUUUGCUUACAACUACAGCAUAGUUGGUGGUGGUGGACUUCCAGACACAGUGGAGAAGAUCUCCUUUGAGUCUAAAUUGUCUGCAGGGCCAGAUGGAGGAUCCAUUGCAAAGCUUACUGUGAAAUACUUCACCAAAGGUGAUGCUGCACCUAGUGAAGAGGAAAUCAAGGGUGGCAAAGCUAGGGGUGAUGGUCUUUUCAAGGCUCUUGAAGGUUACGUUUUGGCAAAUCCUGAUUACAUCAUCAUGGGUGUCUUCAACUUUGAGGAUGAAACCACAUCUAUUGUAGCUCCUGCUAGACUUUACAAAGCUUUAGUUACAGAUUCUGAUAACCUUAUCCCGAAGGUUAUUGAUGCCAUCCAAAGUAUUGAAAUUGUUGAAGGAAACGGUGGCGCCGGAACCAUCAAGAAACUUACUUUCGUUGAAGGUGGUGAAACAAAGUAUGAUUUGCACAAAGUGGACUUAGUAGAUGAUGUUAACUUUGCUUACAACUACAGCAUAGUUGGUGGUGGUGGACUUCCAGACACAGUGGAGAAGAUCUCCUUUGAGUCUAAAUUGUCUGCAGGGCCAGAUGGAGGAUCCAUUGCAAAGCUUACUGUGAAAUACUUCACCAAAGGUGAUGCUGCACCUAGUGAAGAGGAAAUCAAGGGUGGAAAAGCUAGGGGUGAUGGUCUUUUCAAGGCUCUUGAAGGUUACGUUUUGGCAAAUCCUGAUUACUAAAGCAUAUAGCUAAUUGCUUGCUUGCUUUAUACACGGUGUGUUGUGAUGCAUUUUAUUAUAUCAUGUGGGCUUGAUUUGGUUGACAAAUGUAAUUUUCUAUUUUCUUUUGCUGAAGUUUGAGAUUGUAAGUCAUAUAUGUGUACCUCCUUUCAAUAAAUUAUAAUAAUACUUCAUCUAUUCAUUUUUA